UGUUAUUAAAAGUUGUUUAAAAGUGAGGGACCCCUCCAGUUAUUGAUACGGAAUGAUCUUCAGGAAAAGAGAAUAUGUUACAUUUUGUACACGAAAGGGAAGGUGGGUACGAAUAUGUAUUUGUAUUGCUUUUUUCUAUAAGCCGCCUAGGAGUGAAACCAAAAUUCUUCACUUCUUUCAGCCCUACCCCGUUCCCUUUAAAAAACCUUUCCUUCCAGCUCACACUAUCCACCAUAUCCAUCUUCGCCUCCUGGCACUGAGCCUUAGAGGGGCGGUGCUCCAGAAACAUUUGCUACAUGAAUGAACGAAUCAACCAUCGGAUUUUGGGGUGGGUCGGCGCAGCUCGGUUCCAGCGAGGGCUCCGCCUACCAGCGGGCUCCGCAGAGGGACAGAGGCCGGGCGGCCGCCUCGGUUAACUCCGCUGCAGCCCAAAGCACGGGAAACGCGGGACAAACAAACGAGCGGAGGUAACACACCUGCAGGCCAGGAAACCCCCAGGUGCGGUCCAACUUGGCCGGAAGCUGCGGAGAGACUCAGCCACCGGAAGUCAGUGGAGGGUUCGGCCGGCCGCUCUAGAAUCCUGGAGGACCGGGAUCUCUGUGGUUGGCCGUGACGGGCACCCUCUACCGGGGAUGACACAUUCCCAGAGCUCCUGGGACCGAGAAAAUGACACCAUGGCCGAGCCCCUGAAGGAGGAAGACGGCGAGGACGGCUCUGCGGAACCCCCCGGGCCCGUGAAGGCCGAACCCGCCCACACCGCUGCCUCUGUAGCGGCCAAGAACCUGGCCCUGCUUAAAGCCCGCUCCUUCGAUGUGACCUUUGACGUGGGCGACGAGUACGAGAUCAUCGAGACCAUAGGCAACGGGGCCUACGGAGUGGUGUCCUCCGCCCGCCGCCGCCUCACCGGCCAGCAGGUGGCCAUCAAGAAGAUCCCUAAUGCUUUUGAUGUGGUGACCAAUGCCAAGCGAACCCUCAGGGAGCUGAAGAUCCUCAAGCACUUUAAGCACGACAACAUCAUCGCCAUCAAGGACAUCCUGAGGCCCACUGUGCCCUAUGGCGAAUUCAAAUCUGUCCCCUACGGGGUCCCAGGCUACGUGGUCCUGGACCUGAUGGAAAGUGACCUGCACCAGAUCAUCCACUCCUCACAGCCCCUCACACUGGAACACGUGCGCUACUUCCUGUACCAACUGCUGCGGGGCCUGAAGUACAUGCACUCGGCUCAGGUCAUCCACCGUGACCUCAAGCCCUCCAACCUAUUGGUGAAUGAGAACUGUGAGCUCAAGAUUGGUGACUUUGGUAUGGCUCGUGGCCUGUGCACCUCGCCCGCUGAACAUCAGUACUUCAUGACCGAGUAUGUGGCCACGCGCUGGUACCGUGCCCCUGAGCUCAUGCUCUCUUUGCAUGAGUAUACACAGGCUAUUGACCUUUGGUCUGUGGGCUGCAUCUUUGGUGAGAUGCUGGCCCGGCGCCAGCUCUUCCCGGGCAAAAACUAUGUACACCAGCUGCAGCUCAUCAUGAUGGUGCUGGGUACCCCAUCACCAGCCGUGAUUCAGGCUGUGGGGGCUGAGAGGGUGCGGGCCUAUAUCCAGAGCUUGCCACCACGCCAGCCUGUGCCCUGGGAGACAGUGUACCCAGGUGCCGACCGUCAGGCCCUAUCACUCCUGGGUCGCAUGCUGCGUUUUGAGCCCAGCGCCCGCAUCUCAGCAGCUGCUGCCCUUCGCCACCCUUUCCUGGCCAAGUACCAUGAUCCUGAUGAUGAGCCUGACUGUGCCCCGCCCUUUGACUUUGCCUUUGAUCGUGAAGCCCUCACUCGGGAGCGCAUUAAGGAGGCCAUCGUGGCUGAGAUUGAGGACUUCCAUGCAAGGCGCGAGGGCAUCCGCCAGCAGAUCCGCUUCCAGCCUUCUCUCCAGCCUGUGGCUAGUGAACCUGGCUGUCCAGAUGUUGAAAUGCCCAGUCCCUGGGCUCCCAGUGGGGACUGUGCCAUGGAGUCUCCCCCACCAGCCCCACCACCGUGCCCUGGCCCUGCACCUGACACCAUUGAUCUGACCCUGCAGCCACCCCCACCAGCCAGUGAGCCUGCCCCACCGAAGAAAGAGGGUGCCAUCUCAGACAACACUAAGGCUGCCCUUAAAGCUGCCCUGCUCAAGUCUUUGAGAAGCCGGCUCAGAGAUGGCCCCAGCGCACCCCUGGAGGCUUCUGAGCCUCGGAAGCCGGUGACAGCCCAGGAGCGCCAGCGGGAGCGGGAGGAGAAGCGGCGGCGGCGGCAAGAGCGAGCCAAGGAGCGGGAGAAACGGCGGCAGGAGCGGGAGCGAAAGGAACGGGGGGCCGGGGCCUCUGGGGGCCCCUCCACUGACCCUUUGGCUGGACUAGUGCUCAGCGACAAUGACAGAAGCCUUUUGGAACGCUGGACUCGAAUGGCCCGACCCCCAGCCCCAGCCCCGACCUCUGUGCCAGCCCCUGCCCCAGUGCCAACGCCAACCCCAGCCCAACCUGCCAGUCCUCCUCCUGGCCCUGUAGCCCAGCCCACUGGCCCACAACCACAACCACAACCUGUGGGCUCCACAUCUGGCCCUGUACCCCAGCCUGCCUGCCCACCCCCUGGCCCUGCAGCCCACCCCACCGGCCCUCCUAGGCCCAUCCCUGUCCCUGCGCCACCCCAGAUUGCCACCUCUACCAGCCUCCUGGCUCCCCAGUCACUUGUGCCACCCCCUGGGUUGCCUGGCUCCAACACCCCAGGAGUUUUGCCUUACUUCCCACCUGGCCUGCCACCUACAGACGCCGGGGGAGCCCCUCAGUCUUCCAUGUCAGAGUCACCUGAUGUCAACCUAGUGACCCAGCAGCUAUCUAAGUCACAGGUGGAGGACCCCCUGCCCCCUGUGUUCUCAGGCACACCAAAGGGCAGUGGGGCUGGCUACGGUGUUGGCUUUGACCUGGAGGAAUUCUUAAACCAGUCUUUCGACAUGGGCGUGGCUGAUGGGCCACAGGAUGGCCAGUCAGAUUCAGCCUCACUCUCAGCCUCCCUGCUUGCUGACUGGCUCGAAGGCCAUGGCAUGAACCCUGCCGAUAUUGAGUCCCUGCAGCGUGAGAUCCAGAUGGACUCCCCAAUGCUGCUGGCUGACCUGCCUGACCUCCAGGACCCCUGAGGCCCACAGCCUGUGCCUUGCUGCCACGGUAGACCUAGUUCCAAGAUCCAUGGGAACAUUCUCAAAGGCUUUAGCCCUGGACCCAGCAGGUGAGGCUCGGCUUGGAUUAUUCUGCAGGUUCAUCUCAGACCCACCUUUCAGCCUUAAGCAGCCACCUGAGCCACCACCGAGCCAUGACAGGAUUGGGAGACUCUGACUCCCCCUGUACAAUCCUUUUCAGUAUUAUAUUUUUAUUAUUAUUAUGUUAUUAUUACACUGUCUUUUUGCCAUCAAAAUGAGGCCUGUGAAAUACAAGGUUCCCUUCUG